GCAGCUCUCCCUCAGUGUGGGCUACUGUACUGUUUGCUGCUGGAAGAGAUGGCAGGCAGUUUGGUGCUGGACUUUGAUGAGCUAUACGAGGAGCUCAACCUCUCGGAUCACAGCAACAUCAGCCUCGACGGGCUGGACAAGGACACCUUCAGCUGCCGCCCGGAACCCCUCCCUGCCCUCGUCGACGUCUUCAUCUGUGUUUUCUACCUGCUGGUGUUCGCCGUCGCCGUGCCCGGUAACCUGGUGGUGUGCUUGGUGGUGGGCUCCAGCAAGCAGCGUCGCCUGUCGCCGUCCGACCUGUACCUGUUCCACCUGGCCGUGGCCGACCUCCUGCUGGCCCUCAGCCUCCCGCUCUGGGCCUCGUCCAUGCUCCGCGGGUGGCUGUUCGGGACGGUGGCCUGCAAGGUGACCGGCAUGCUCCUGGAGGUCAACUUCUACACCAGCAUCCUGUUCCUGGUGUGCAUCAGCGUCGACCGCUACCUGGCGGUGGCGCGGGCGGGCGAGGCCAAGGGCGGCGGCUGGCGGGGGCCCGACGGCCGGCCGUGGAACUUCGCCGUGUGCGUCGGCGUGUGGUCGCUCGGCGGCCUGCUCUCGCUGCCCACGGCGCUCCACAACGAGGUCUUCGUGCCGGGCGGGGGCGGCGCCGCGGGGAAGGAGAUCUGCGGCGAGCACUUCGAUACGGGCAGCGCGGCCGAGUGGCGCUUGACCACGCGCAUCCUGCGCCACCUGCUGGGCUUCCUGCUGCCGCUGCUGACCAUGCUGGCGUGCUACGGUGCCACCGCCCUCCGGCUCCGCCGUACCCGCGGGCUGCAGAGGUUCCGCGCCAUGCGGGUCAUCGCCGCCGUGGUGGCCGCCUUCCUGCUCUGCUGGUGCCCGCAGCACCUGGUGGUGGUCGCCGACACGCUGAUGCGGGCGCGGCUGCUGGAGUUCGACUGCGUCCGGCGGCAGGCCGCCGACCGGGCGGUCAUCUUCACCCAGAUGCUGGCCUUCCUGCACUGCUGCAUCAACCCCGUGCUCUACGCCUUCGUCGGGGUCAAGUUCCGCAGGAACCUCCAGCGCCUGGUCCAGAAGAGGAGUCGGAAGAGGGCAGCGAAGGACAAGCCUGGGAUGACCCGUCUAUUCAGCAGGUCUAGCUCCAACAUGUCCCAAGAUGGCAGCCUCACACUCAUGUGAUGGGCAGGGGAAAACAUCAGCGGCCACACUCUUCAUAUACAGCUCAUAUAGCACUUACCAGAGGUGGAAAAGACAAGCUUCAGAGUAAAAGUCCUACCACAUAAUAUGUGCCAACCAUUCUGAUUCUAAUUAGUGCAACUCUUCAGCCAGGUAGAGCAGCUAAUUAGUAAGAUCACCUGUGUUAAGUGCACAGGUAGAACCAAUACAUGGUUGGAUUUUUACUUUCUGAAGCUGGACUUUUCCACCUGUGGCACUUACUGCAAAUAUUUUUGAAUGAUAUUGCGUACAAUUUGUAGUAGUUUUUCCUUUGUGCAUCUUGUCAAGUCAUAUGUUGUUUUGUCAUAAGAUGUUUUAUUUUGAAAUAUACCAGCUGUGUGUCAAAGUGUCAAAGGUCAUGGUGAUGUCUUGAAGGAUCUUUCUUAGAAUGGAAAGAAACAACAUCUCAGUCCAUGAUCCUGUGCUUAAGGUGGGAUUUUUCCGCCAUCUAGUGGUUCAAUUUAUUUUGUGGCUUAUUUUGGUGUACUAACCCACCUUUCUUAACUGUAAGCAUAUUCUACAAGCUUGCUGAUAGCAAAAAAUAAGCAAACAGUUGAACGAGGUUCUGCUAGUGUUUGUGAAUGUACUUAUAGUCUUGUUGCCAAAGUAGCCUGGAACAUUUAGAACUUUUGCUGCAAUAGGAAAGUUGAUUUCCUCAUAAAACUCAUAUAACCAACCAUUACACAAGUGUUUAUUUCCUGAGUUUGUGAGAAAGGGAAGCCCUGCAGCAGGAAGUGGUUUCUCCAUAUUCGUGAUUUUGACAUGUUCUUGACUCAUAAUCAAAUCACUCUUAGAAAAAAAAUCCUUUCAAAUAAAGACCUGAGAGACAAUAUAACCUUGACUCACUCCAACUUCCCACAAAGGGUUCAAGUACUUCCAAAUAGAAAUAACUUCACAGUGUAUCAGAUCAGGGCAGCUGGGAAAGUCUGGAAUC